AUGAACAGACCACGCAACCGUCAGCCUAAACAGCCCCGCGGCGGUCGAGGUCGAGGUCGAGGUCGUGGAGGAGGAAGUCAACAUUCAUCAACCCGACCUAAUGAAUAUCACGCCGUGCCUGGUACAGAACAAGUCAUAGCCGGCGCAUCAGUUUCCAUCGUACUGAAACAAGACCAAGGUACUGGACGCGAAGUACAAGGCAUAGUCCAAGACAUCUUAUCCUCUGGCAAUCACCCGCGCGGAAUCAAAGUGAGAUUGCGGGAUGGGAGGGUUGGGAGAGUUCAAAGAAGAUUGAUGAGUGAUGGAGGAGAAGGGGGACCGGCAAUAUCGCAAUCUCAUCAAGGUUAUAAUACUGAAUACCGUGAUGCUGGCGGUAAUGAUGGAUUUCGACAACAGCAGCAGCAGCAAGAAGGACUACCGCCUCCCAGGACUUUGGCACAAUUUCUUCCGGCCUCUGAUGGCGAAAACACGAGCGAAAGGCGAGAUGAAGAGUUUACUUUCAGCAGCGCUACUGCCAAAUGUCCGAUUUGUGGAUUGUUUGAGGGAGAUGAGGUUGCCGUGUCACAUCACGUUGACAGUCAUCUCACUUGA